AUGUCUGAUGCUUGUCGUACAAAUCCAAUAAACCAGAUUAUACAAAAAGGUCAUAGCAUACACAACGGUUCCCUAAUACCGUCAAAACCCACCAGGUUCAUCCACAGAGAACCAACUGCACACCAUAUCGAUAAAGGUCCACAUGCGGAAACAUCCUUUUUGCACCGUGCCAGCAAUAUGAAGAGCGUUGAUGAUGUGGCAUUUCAAAAUCGUCCCUCUCUAACAAAUUUUGAAAACCAUAUUGAAGAGUCCAGUAGCUGGAUUCCUCAAUUUUCUUCAAUGGAAAUUAAUGAUCCAUUAGAAUUCAGCUCAGAAUAUAAAAAUUUGUAUUCAAACUACGAAUCACAUCAACGCCAAAAUUCAAGUAGACAACAGUUCCCCAUUACGAGUUCUAUGGUGCGGAAGACGGCAAGCCAUCUUCCGUCACGAAACAUGUUUCGACAACAGCGCCAAGAAAACCGCAACAGCUCAACGGAUGCCUUUAAAUUCGACGCGGAAUUCCAAAAUUUAGAGAACGAAAUCCAAGAAGUGCGGUACGAGCCAAUAAUACAAGAAGACGAAAGCUGGCUGGACCAAGACCAAUUGGAGUUACAGAAGAUCGCUACAGAUAUAGUAAAAUGCUGCACUCCUCCACUUUCAUCAGCAUCCUCCACCUCCACUGUUUCCUCUAUCGACUCAAAGCUCUCCGAGUCGAAAUUUAUACAGCUGAUGAGAGGAAUCAGCAGUGGUGACGUGACUUUAAAAAAGGAAGCAAAUGGGCAUUCUGCAAGCGAGCUAUUCUCGCCCAGCAAUGGAGAACUGGUGGGAAAUGAGCACAUCCCCGUAGAGAACCAAAGUCAUCGAGGCGCAUACAAUUGA